AUGAUUCGGGACUCUCUUGCGUUGGGCCUGCUGGGCCUGUUGACCUUAGCAUCUGCAUUACCGAAUGAAAUAGUGGCUAGGGAAACCUCAUCGAGUGCUUCAAUCUCGGCGCCACCUACCCGGUCUCAUCCAACUAGCCUGCCGCAUUCCGCAUACAACGGAACCGCGACCGUUACUGGUGCAAUUACAGCUUCAUCCAUUGGAACUGGUAUACCCCCCGGUAGCGUUGCGCACAGUGCAACGACUUACCCAAGUGACGGGAAACUUCACAAUGCCGAGCCGGCACCUUUUGACCCGGCCGGAGGCAUUGGAACCAACGGGUCAAUCCCGGUGUACAACGCCAAGAGUGACUUUGAUUAUGAAUCCUUGGCCCUCGCAUUGUAUCAAGAGUGGAUUGAACUGGAUCUGUUCCAAGAUGCGUUGAGGCGGUUUUCAUUGAAUGAUUUCAAAGCCGCUGGGCUGACGUCCAAGGACCGAGAUCUGAUCGCAUUCAUGGCCCAACAAGAAGUCGGCCAUGCAACCUUGAUCAGUAACAUGCUCGGUGCUAAAGCUCCACAGCAAUGUGCAUACAUCUACCCAUACACCACCGUGCCCGAAUUCAUCGACUUCGCUCAGAAGCUGACCCGAUUUGGCGAAGCCGGUGUAUAUGGGUUCCUAGCACAUCUUGACUCGCGCGAAGCAGCCACACUACUCACUCAAUCCAUCUCAACCGAGGCACGCCAGCAGUUGAUCUUCCGCCAGUUUGAGGGCCUCUUCCCCAUGCCGGAAUGGUUUGAAGUCGGCAUCCCACAGUCAUGGGCAUGGACACUGCUUGCACCAUAUAUUAGCUGGUGCCCGAUGAACCAGACUCGGCUUGUAUGGCAGAACUUUCCCGCCCUGAGAAUCCUCAAUCAACCUAGUUUGUCCAGUGGGACAAGUGGUGGUAACAACGCAUCCACGGCUCAAAAUGUUACUCUCAGCGCAGGCACGAAUGUAGUGAAAGGCGGUAGAAGGAAAAGAGCCUCGCCCUCGGGUCGGGACUGCGGUGCUACAGUCAGCACUGACAAUGUCGCCCCACUCUCUUACCCAGGUCGUCAGGUCGCAUUGCAGUGGGAGAGUCCGGGGAAAGCUGUUGGGCCAAACAACAGUUAUGUCACUACCUCCAAGGCAAAGAUACCCAAGUACGUGAUAUGGGUUUCGCAGCUCAAUAUCACGUACACGCCGCUGAAGGUUAAUGGAACGCGUGGACAUACUAUUCAACCGAAUUUGCAGACGUAUCAGGGUGAUCCGGCGGUCAAUGGGACGAUGUUUAUUGCGAUUACUGACUCGGACCCGGUUGUGAGUCCGUUCAAUCUCAGUCUGAUCAAUCCGCAUAUCGUUGCUGGGCCGGCUAUCUACCAGGCGGGUUGA